CUAUCUCUCCUUAUCUUUCUCUAUCUUCUUUGUCAACGUAUUCAUAUUCACCAUUUCCCUGCUUUUAAGCAUUUAAAUUUACUUUCAUCUUUACUUUAAAAUUUAUAUUUAUUCUUGCACUUUUAUUUUAUUUUCAUUUUUGCCUUUAUCCUUUUUUCAUCUUUGUCUCUAUCCUAAAUUUUAUUCUUAAACUAAUUACUACUUAACUCAUUUCAGUGUCAAAUUUAGCAUCAAUAUUAAAACAUACAUUUAGGAGUCAUAAGGCAUAACUGUUUAUUCAAGCUUUCUUCGACCAACUUUUUACUCUCAACUUAUUCAACUGAAGAGGGUAGCGGAAGAGACAACAAGAGAAAUAUUAAUCAGCUGCUAAUAACAUACAUCCCCACUUACUGUUUGUUUCCUGGUUUUCUUUUUUUUGUUUUUGUGUUACUUACUAUUCUUUCAUUUCACUCAUUCAUGACUAAAGUACAUAUUACGUGCCUUGAAUGUAAACAAAUAACAGAUACUCCAAUGCGGUCGGUCUUCCUUAUUUUCUGCUUCACACAUUCUUCACUAAUCGGAAAGACACCCUUAUCAGUUGUUUUCCACCCUUUUUGGAUUGGGUUACCUAACACCCAUACCAUUUAGGCCGACUUUUGAUUGCGCAGCAGCAAAUCUGAGUGUCAAGACCACCGAUUCUCGGCGAAGCCAAGUGAGGCAGAGUAUAGCACAACGGCAUUAAGAAAGAACUAAACGUCAAUCUAACAACACAACUGUGAACAUUAAGUUUUUCUUCUAAUUUCGCCUAUUGUAUUUCAUUCCAUAGUUUUUCGCUUUUUAAAUACAAUAUAUAAAACUAACUAAAACAGAAUAAAAAAAAACAAGCAACAACCGCACAAAAGUAACUGAUUUAAGAAAAUAAACGAAGAGAAUAUGCAAUGCAUUCACCUAUAAACACUUUCGAACUAAACGAGCGGCUACUGACCACAGUACAGACGGGCAACUUUCAUGGUGUGCUCGAUUGUCUGAUGGAGGGUGCCAGGGCAACCAUUGUGUCCACUAUUUGCGGACGCACAGCUGUUGGUACUGCGGCGCUGGUUGGUGAUGCCGAGAUCCUCGAGCUGUUAAUACAAUCCUGUGAAGAACCUGACUUGGAUAUAUUUAACAGAAACCGUUCAAACUCGUUUGGCGAAAUGGAAACGGAGUGCACCCCAGAUGGUAUGGAUAAUCUAGAAUGGGAGGAUGAAUUCAUUGAAAAUUGCAACGAUUGUGAUCAAAGUGGUGCAGAAGAUGUUGCCCAGGAUGCCGAGGACACUUCCCUCUACUACUAUUAUGCCAAAACGUUCGAACGUACCGGUGCCAUUAUCACCCGCAUGAAUGAGCCCUACGCAAUCUCGCCUACUUGUGGCCACCAACAGGAUACUCAUCGGGUAGAUGCUCUUCUGAUGACACCUCUGCACUAUGCGGCCGCAUGUGGGCAUGUGGAGUGUGUGCGUAUACUGAUUUCGCAUGGCGCAACAUUGGAUGCAGUCAAUAGUGAUGGCUAUACACCACUGCACGUGGGCGUGGCAUAUGCUGAAGUUGCGCACCUGCUUCUCAAACAUGGUGCUAAUCCGAAUUUAAAAACACUCAACACGGGAGAGACACCUUUACACUUGGCCAUAAGGAAUCAUUCGGCGGCAGUGGCCAAUAUUAUAUUGCAAACGAAUGCGAAUAUCAACGAAACGGAUGACAUCGAUCAGACGCCACUGAUGUGCGCCAUUAUCACUGAUCUGGAUAGCGUUGCGGUCACACUUAUCGAACGCGGUGCCCGCAUCAAUUUGCAGGACAAGGAGGGUCGCAGCGCUCUUUACUAUGCCGUACUGCAGAACAACGUGCCACUGACCAUACGAUUGUUGCAGCGGGGCGCUCGCCGCAUCACUUCCCAUUACCUGCUGCAUCAUUGCGUGCGUCACAACAUGUCCGACAUGGCAGAGACGUUGAUAAGUCACGGCGACAGCUUGAAUGUGCGCAACAAAGAUGGCGUUACACCCAUUCUACUCGCGAUACUCAGCCAGAAGACCGACAUGCUGGAGUUAUUGUUGCGUGUGGCUGCUGUGCAGCAAUCGCAAGGUGCUACAAUAGUCGACUGUGUGGAAAAUGAGCUACUCAUUGCUGUGCAAUACAUCGACACCGUGCAGGAUUUCAAACCGAUCGCCCGCAUACUGUUCGCGCACAGUGAAGGCAGGUGGAUGUCGGCGUCGUUUACUUCCCUUUCAUGGUCGUGUUACAUUCCCUAUUGUCAGACGCCGUUGGCACGUGCAGUUAUGCUAAACAAAUUCGAUAUCGCUGAGUUUUUGGUCAAAGAGGGAGUGGACAUAUAUCAGGUGUGUCGCGAUCAUGUUGUGAAUAAUUUGCGCGCCACGAGUGUUGGCGGCUGUUUGGAAUUCGCCAAGUUGUUGGUUCAUGCUGAUUUUAAAUUCCCUUGCCUGCGCCCCCCAUUCCCAAACAAUUGGACCACCGAGCGUCGUCACUUCGAAAUGGAAAUGUUUCGCCUGUGUGGUACACCUCUAUCCCUUCAAUCGCUCGCUCGCAUUGUGAUAAGAAACCAACUUAUAAGCCUACUUAAUAGUUCGGUUGCUGUGAGGCAACGAUAUCCAACAACGAAGCGCGAGUCAAGUUUGAGGCGAAUGAUCAAUUUAUUGGGAAUACCAAAGAUUUUACAAAAAUAUUUAUUCGAGUUCGAUGAUUGCGCAUCUGUGAUGAAAAACGCUUGCAAUAUGGAUGGUGGAGGUUAGCAAGGUAAUAAGUAAGGCUGUAGAAUUAGUUUAAGGCAGUAGAUUAUACAUUUAUUUUAAGGUUAAAUACGGCUUCAGAGUGAUAUUUGUAUGCAAAUCC